AUCAACUCCACUCAAAUCUUCAGCCCUACGGUCUACCCCAACUCACAACCCACUGUCUACAUCCUUCACGAUCGCUUUCUACUAGUCACUCUUUUGUCUGACAUGCUUGAUAGCCCGCUUUGCUUGUGAUAUCCCUUCGUUGCGCUUCCAGGGGGUCGUAGUGCUGAUAUUCGAACUCCUCUGUGUACCCUGUUCCACUUCAGCCGCACGCGUACACCCCACCACCUCAAACUCAAACAGACACGAUGACUGUCUUCGUCACGUUUUCUAUGGGCUCGAAGGAAGCGUAUUUCUUCAACAGUCCUACACACUGGGCCUGGCAUCAUCUCCCUCCAGAUGUCGAGGCCCUGUUCACGAAGCAGCCUCCAAUCAAGGAUGUCAUUGAAUGCGCAAUAGGCGAGAAUGGUGCAUAUUUUGUCAGCUUUAGAGACCAUGAUGGUCAAGUGUACUGCCGCCAUUACAAUCUACCCAACGCCUUAACGAUGUAUCUGUACCACUCGCAUCCGCAGGUGAUACGCGACUUGACGACACUUUCCAUCACUCUAGGCCCAUACGACUCGUUCUACGCCCAUGACAAAACAUCCGCCGAGUGGUCGAACUUACCACCCCUACUCGAGAAAGCCAUCCUCAACCGUGUAGAGAGCCAGGAUGCAUGGAAGACGGUCUGGAGAGAUGGGGGAAGAGAAGCACCCAUGUUCGUCAGCUUGGGAGCAGAUGGAAGCUACUUCAUGCGAACAGUAUCUGGGGGAGGAUCAUGGGAUCUGAGGAGCAAAUCUGAAGGGGUUAUGGGAACUAAUAAAUUCCUUGAGGACGCCCCUAAUUUCGCAUCAAUUGCCGGUCUUUACCUCUUCCAAAGCUAUCCGGACUCCUACGUCCUACUACUCAUGUCGGGUAAAACAUUCUCGAACCUUCCUGAGCAUACCUGGGCGGAUUACAAUAAGAUGGCGCCUGCGCUCCCCCAACUCGCGCAGAGCUCAAUGCCAAUACCAGCCAUUCCUCAAAUGCGGCCUCCUACGGCGGUAACAGCGCCGCCGCAGCAACAGCAAUUCCAACAACCUCGGCAAUUUCAACAGGUGGCACAGACGAGUUGCUGUGCGCCAAAUAAUCAGCACACUGGUAUCCAUGUGCCGCUACCUCCAAACUAUGGGCAGGUACAGGGCAUGAUUAAUCAAAUCAGCGGGCAGCUGAACGGUGGUGCUGUGUAUGCGGCACAACCGAAUCAGACUCAUUAUCAAAAUCAUAUGCAGCAGGGACAAACAACGGGAGUUAUACCAGCACAAGGCAUGAGCCCGGCCACGCAGCAACCAAUGCAGACUGGUGGUUCGAUGGCUUCGAGAUGAAGUGGGUCCAUCAUAUGUGUGGCGUGGACGUGCGAGGGAAAACUGACUGAACCCCAUUUUCCUACUUGGGACAUCAAGAAUGUCCCGCCUUAUCUGCGGCGUCUUGUUGUAAGGUUGGUCUUCGUGACCUCUCAAUUUCUUUUGUGAUCAUGUAACUCGGAUACCAGGCGAAUAUCUUUUUCUUUGGAAAUCUUUAUGGAAAUAAUUAUAUGUCGGAAUGUUGCUACCUCGUAUAUUGCAUGGGAUGUUGUUGUAUUUACCGUUCAACUAGAUGCAUAGCGCAAAUAUCUCAGGUAUUAUGCCAUGUGCCGCUAGUUUACAUACAAUUGAGAUGUAACUCUUCAUAG